AUGAAUGGGACAGAAGUGAUGGACAGGUCUUAUAUGGUAUACGAAGGCAUUCGUCAAUACAUGCAAUACGUGACCACAAAUCAGUUGAAAUCUACGAGAUUUAUGUCACAAAUGAGUGGCCCAUCAGUCGUAAUACCGGUGCAACACUUCAAUCAAAAGAACAAUUUGAAUGAGGAUUUGAAUGAAUUGAAUGUCAAUGAGAAUAAGUUUAUUAAUAAAGAGUUAGUCAAAGAGAAUAUAAUAAUUGGCGAGAAAGCAGUCAACGAAAGCCCUGUCAAUGAAAAGUCCAAUACUAGAGCCAAACCUCGACUCAAUGAUAAUUGUCGACAAAAUCUAAGUCAACGAUCAAAAGAACGUAAAGUUCCGGCCAAUAGAGUGAGUCGAUUCGCAUCUUUCGGGAGUUUAGCGGUUGGUCUCGGAUUUGGAGCACUCGAAGAGAUGACGAAAAAGACUUUAGGAAUUUCUUCGCGCUCUUCGCAAAGCAUUUUGGGAUCAAAUCCAUUGCUGACGGAAGCGAAUGCCAACCGAAUCGUCGACACGUUGUGUCGC